UGGUAGAUUCUGCACCGAAUUGUAUAGCAACUCGCUGUUUAAAGUUGGUCUCGUAAUUCGUGUGUGAUUUUUACGUUUAUUUUUUUAAUUUCUGAGUGAAAUUUUAAAAUGUAUACUGUUUCUAAGGGACCCAGCAAAAUUGUAGCUAAAACUCGACGAGGCCUCUCACAGAACUUAGAAAGAUUGGACAGCCGUAAAGAUCACAAUAGAAAGUCUUCUGAGUCCGACAAUGGAGAAAUUAUCAACAUGCCCAAGCCUAUAUUUCAUUCCAAUGGUAAAAAGACAGUACACCAAAGAAUACAACACCAUGUGAUUACACCGCAACAUGAGGAAAUCAUUAGAUAUAUCAGUGAAACCUGGACACAGUCAGCAUACGGUGAGAGUGAACCAACAACACCUACAAGUACAACUGAGUCUGGCAGCUCAUCGCCCGCUCCUCCAUCAAACCUGUACUACCAGGACGAGGCUCCCAGCCCAGUGCUGCGCGACUUCAAGCCCUUCGACCUGGAGACAUGGUGGGGCAAGCGACUCUUCCAGAACAUCACCAACUCCCUCUGAGUUAGCAAGCGGUAACAACAACAUGUGGAAACAUAAAAGUUGGCGGUAGCGUAAGUCACAAUCAUCUGUAGUUUACUAAAUUUUUAUUUAAACCUCUUCAUAACUUUCGGCUACAGGAAGCAGAUCGUUCUCUCAUUAAACUGAAUUAGGUAGUAGUUUUGAGAUGAUGAAUGAGUUGAAUCUAUGCUAAUCCUGUUGCUUCUGGUUUUGACUGAAU